ACGGAUUACCCAAACUAUGUGUAUCUGCAGGUCUUUGUCUGCCUCUUGGCCACUGUCUGUGCUUGCAACGCCACCUUCCUGUCCUUUUUGGGCGGCGGUGGCGGAGGUGGAGGCACCAAGACAACCUAUGACGUGAUUGCCACGCCCAGUGCCCGAGGAGGCGGUGGUGGAGGAGGUGGUGGCGGCCAUGGCUACGCCCAGGGGUACGCCCAUGGUGGCAGCUACGGCGGAGGAGGACACGGACACGGACACGGAGGCUCUUCACAAAUAAUCAAGGUUAUUCUGCAAGAGGGUCAGGGCUACUCUAACGGCGGAGGAGCAGCGGGUGGAAUUGUCUCCACUGGCUACAGUUACGGAUCAGGUGGCGGCUCUUACGGCGGAGCAUCUUAUGGCGGACAGCAGCAUGCCCAAAUUUACAAGGUCAUCGAACAGGCUGCGGCUCCAGUUCCAGCUCCAGUUCCCGUCUCGAUUGCAGCCCCGGCACCCGUUCCGAUUCCCAUUUCAGUGCCCGUCGCUGCUCCCGCUCCGGCUCCCAUUGCCUACCACGCCUCCGGCGGCUCUAGCGGCGGCGGCUACUCCUACGGCCAGUCCUACGCAGCCGGCCACGGCUAUGGAGGCGCCUCCUCCUUCGACGCCCAACAGUUCAACGCCAUUCUGCCCCAGAUCAUCCAACUGGUGCUGCAAGAGGACUCACUAGGCGGAGGUGGUGCCGGAGGAGCCGACGUGGCCGCCAUCAACGGGCAGCUUAUCAGUACGUUCGGAUCCAAGGGCAAGGCCAUCAUCUUGAAGGCCGACCAGGCGCAGGGAGCCUUCUUCAAGAGCGGGCACGUGGUGCAGAGGGGCACCUUGAAGGUGAUGCAGGUGCAGGAGCAGCAGGGUCGCAGCCAGCAGUCCCAGGGCGGUGGCUCCAAGGGAGGCUGGGGCUUUGGCGGCGGUGCCUCUUCCAAUAGCGGCGGAGGCACCAGCGGCUGGAGCUCCGGUGGCGCCUCCCCCUCGGGAGGCUGGAGCUCAAGCGGCUCCUCCUCGUCGGGGGGCUGGAGCUCAAGCGCCUGGUAGGCACUUGUCCGCCUAGUUAGUUAGACCAAAUGAAUUACUUUUUUUUUGUUUUUUUUUUUCUAUCCCCUACCUCUAUUGUUAUGUAUUUUUUUCCUAGGCUAAAAUCCUUCACAGUCAUUACUGAAAAUCACAAAGAAACACACCUCUUCAUUAUUAACUUAAAUUAUUUGUUAAUAAACAAUUAUUUGAACCAAAA